UCAGGCAGCAGUGUGUGGUUGGUUGCAGGUGUUCCAGGUGUGUGAACCUCCUCUGGCUGAUCUGAUAGUGUUGUUGUUUUUAUUUGAUUUUAUUUUUUUAACCACAAAGUGCUGCUUGUACACCUGAACAUUCGUGGAUUAAUUAUUGUUUGUGGGCAGUUGAUUAUUUUAAAGAAGAUAAACAUGAAUUUGGGGAUCUGUGUAUCUCUGGUUCUGCUGCUUUGUGGUUUGAGCUUGACCUGGGCACAGACUAACGCAACUUGUGAGAGCAAAACCAAAACAAGUUGCGAGGAAUGUUUGACUAAUGUGUCGUGUCUGUGGUGUAUAAAGACGAAGAAAUGUCUGACGUACCCUUACCAGACUAUCCUGCCUCCUAACUCUCUGUGCCCGCUGAAUGAUGCCCGCUGGGGACGGUGCCUAAUAAACUUCCAGACCCUGAUCAUUACGCUGUCGGUGUUUGGCGCCGUCAUCAUCAUCGCCUUUUUUGUCUGCCUUUUCUGUUGCUGCAAGUGUGAGAACUGUGGAAACUCCUUCAAAGAGCGCAAGAUGCAGCGGAACGCAAACAAGAGGACAGCCGCGCAAGAGCAGCGGAGAGCUGAGAUGAUGGCGAGACAUGAUGAGAUUAGGCAGAAAUAUGGUCUCAGCAAAGGAAGCGCUUAUGCCAAGUUUGACAAUUCUGCUUAAAGAGAGCAGAAUCGUGUUCCACAUCUUGAGCAAUCACUGAACUUUUCAUGGCUUCUUCAACCCGACGCUGCACUUUAAUGCUGUGUGAUGAUUUUCUUUCACUGAAUUUCGAUUGCUCAAUAGCACAGCUUACUGGAUGACGUUAUUAACUUCUGUACUCCUUCUAAAUGUUCAUUCCGUAGAAGCUUUCUGUAAACCUUUGAAUUUAUUUAUGUAGGUUAAAAUGAAAGUCAUGUUUUUAAUAUCGGAAUAUGAAAACCGUUGUACUGUUAUUUGAAUGUUACUCGUGGAAAAAAAAGAAGAAAAAUCUUUUGAUACAAAUACGUUGUAUGUGUUUUUCCUGUGAUCAUGGGUGAGCUGGAGGCAGUGUUAUAGUCGAGUCACUAAACCUCAAGUCCGAGUCCAGUCUCGAGUUCCCGGUGUUCAAAUCCGAGUCAAGUCCAGAAAAUUUCGAGUCGAGUCCGACACAAGCCCCACUAUCAACAGGGCAGAUAACACCAGAGAGGGUUAGCACUAGCUAGUUCAUUGGUCAGCAAGCAAGCCCCGCCCACUAUCAACAGAGCAAUGAGCAUAGCGUGUGACUUCCUUCUCUGGGUGGAGUCUUGUCAAAUGACGAUUGAAGUUCGAGGUUGUCCCCGUCGUCUCCUCGAUAGUUCUUCUACAUAUGGAACACAUAGCAGGGCAUUCUUUCCCACUGCACGAGAAGUCUGUUGAAGCAAAGCGGACAAUCCUAGCGGCGUUCUCUCCAGGCAUUUUAGCGCCAUUAACGUUAGUUUGUUCCUCAACAUGACGUAUGAACAGGUGAAUGUGCAUUCUCUUGCAGGAAAUUAGUAUAAAAAUUAACGUACGUAGCACGGGCGAUUGCUCUAAGACAACGAGGGAGGCUCAGCCUCCUCUAAAAAUGACGAACAUCGUGUAGGAUGAAUUGCGCUAGGCUUAUGUUAUAGCUGACCUUAUAACAUUGCUAUUUCAGAUCCAGAAUCAUAGAAAUAUAUGUGCUCAACCCAACUACAGUGCGAAAUCAUUCCGUUAUAACUUUCCCCAGUUCGCCUAAUGUGUGCGUGAGUUUUUCCCCCUCGUGACCGCAUGGUGCAGCCCAGCCUCAGUGGAUUGGGAGCUAUGUGCUUUUCAAUCUCAAAAUGCAAGACGAUUAUUGGACAAAUACUGCGAAAAUGCCCGCCCACGGACUCCGAGCCUCACAUGGGAGGGACAUGGCAGUUUCCGCGAGGAGACUGAUGAUUGGUGAAAGCAGCCGGAUAUUUUCUUUGAUUGACAGCUCGUUUCAACUAUAGACAGGCAGCGGUUACAGUGUUGCUAGAUUGGGCGGUUUCCCGCCCAUUUGGGCGGUUUUAAGUGCAUUUUGGCAGGUUUUGAACAUAUUUUGGGCUGGAUAACGUCAGCAGUAUCUGGCAACAUCAGUUCAGUCCCAUGCGGAUUUGCAAGUGCUGUGGUGUAUUGUAAGAGAUCGGCUUACAUUUCAAUUUCAUUCAUUACAUACGGUUUCUACCAGCUUUUUUAGUUUGUAUAUAUUUUCAUUGUAAAUAAAGUGUAAAUAUAGUGUU